AUGCCUCGUCCCAAGAAGAGCUCUUCGGUGAGUAGAUCUCACCGUUCGACAUUAUCUUUGUCCAAGACCGAGAUCACCAUUCAUGUUUAUGAUCUACUGCCGCCCGGCCGAUUGUCGUCAGUAUUAUGGACAGUGGGCGCUUCACUUCUCCAUUCAGGCGUCGUCAUAAACGGGAAGGAAUACGCAUAUGGUGGACAUGACAAGCGGGGCCUCACUGGUGUGUACUGGACAAAACCGAAGACCGAACCGCCCGGAGGCACAUUCCGAUGCGAGAUCCUCCACGGAUUCACUCUUGCGACCGAGCAAGAGAUUGAGGCAACUCUUCGAGCUGCUUCCGACGAGUUUCUCGGCACCUCGUACAACCUUCUCACCAAGAACUGCAACCAUUUUACCUCAUAUCUGUGCAGGCGGCUUACGGGACAAUCAGGCCCAGGGUGGUUGAAUCGCGCUGCUAGCAUCGGCGUCGCACUACCUUGUGUUGUUCCCCGAGACUGGAUCGAGCCACCCGAAUAUGAUACAAGCGAAGGCGCACUGCUGGAUGAUUAUGACAAUUCGAACGAGACCACGGGCAUGCUGAAAUCAAUAAAUCCCCAUUUACUAACGGAUAGUAACGAUGACAGUGGAGAUGACGAUUGGAAUUCCGAGGAUGAGAGGAGACGCGGUGGUAGUGGUAAGGGCAAACAAGCGCUCCGCGAUACCGCCGGACGUCGCCUACCUCCGGCUGAGAGGGCACUGCGAUAA